UUUCCUAAAGUUUUCUUUCUCCCCUUCUAUUUUCCUUUCAACCAAAUUAUCUUUUAUUGGUGGGAUAGAGAAAGUGAAAUAUAGGAGUAGUCUUAGAAAGACAAUUGGGUCAGCAUACAUGAACCGCGUUAUCAUUAUUGUUCGUUUUAAUUUGAAUCUCAUCUUGUCAUCACUGCAAUUAAGUGAGUUGAUGAGAGCAAAAUUCGAAACAGAAAACCCCAUCAAAAAAUGAAGAAUCCUUGGAAGUUAUUGAAGUUACUACCAAUUCUAGUCAUCAAACAAUUCUUCAUCUCUAAAGCUCCAUUUUUUGUUUUGGGUUUGUUGGUAAGCUACGACUUCACGGAGAAUUGGGUAAAUUCUCUGAUGAUGGAUUACCUUUCAUAUUCUCUGAAGAGUGAUAGAAUAGUUGCCAUAAUUAGAAAUCUACAAGAUGGCCUAUCAGAUAUAUCUCUUAUUUUUUUCUCUUCGGUCUCUGAAGCCUCCACUGGUAGCUUCACGAUGAUGGCUUUCUGUUCAUCUGCCACCAUCGUGGAGGAAGGAAAUGGAGAUGGGACACAAAGAGUUUCCUUUGACAAAAAUAGGGUGAGAAAGAAGAGUUUAGGCUCGAGGACGGGGAUCGGGAAUCAAAGAGGAAUCCCUUGCCCCUGCCCAAGUGACAUCCUAUAAGGUAAAUUGCUCCCAGAGACUGGAGAGAAGUGUUUCACUGAAUAAUAAUACCAUAUACUAUUGAUUAAUUAAUUAGAAAGGGAGAGACUCUUGAAUAUAAGAGGAGCUCAUAACAAAAAGAAAGGAGUGACUAAGUUGUUGUUGUAACCGAAUAACAACACUAAAAAUAGAAGAAUAGAUUCGUUACAAAUUGGUAAUAUACCCAGAAUAUU